GGCGGCGGCGGAGCGGGGUGGCCGCGGCCCUGGCACGGCGGCACCCGGGGGCGGGAAGCCUCGGGGGUCCCGGAGGAAGAGGAGGGGCGCGGCGGGGAGAGCGUGGAGGAAUCAGUCAGGCGCUGGGGCGGCGGCGGAGAGCUCUAGGGGAAGAUGUUGUCUCUUCUGACAUCUUGCGAUUAAGAUACCUGAGAACAGGCUCAGUAAGAAUCCGAGUUCCUGAAGAAGACACUUACGAAUGUAUUGAAAUAAGAAGCUGUAAACGUGGGGUUUUUUUCUGUCGUCUAUACUGCAUAAGAAACCAUAAUGUGAAGCACUUCAGACGCUUGCCCAGAUGUAUGAAGUCCGCAAAGCUCGCUGUCCAAACUGACUGUUUCUUAGUAAGUGGUACUUAGCCACAUUUGUGGUAUAUAUGUAGUACUCUGAAGAAAAAUCACUUUCUCUAUAAAAUUCCCAGAAGGAACACUUUAUUAUGGACAGCUUUUUCUGGAUGUAUAUCCAGAGAGAUUAAUGCCUAGAGUUGAAAGGCAUUUAGUAUACACUGAAAAGUUGGCUUUCCCUCAGUUUUUCCAGAUGUAUUGUCUCCCCUGUAUACUGGGAACGCACACAACCGUGUAAACUACAGAUGCAGCCAUGGAGCUGUAUGAACUUUUGAGCCAUAGGAGAAGUAUUGUUGAGCGUUGGUAUCAGACACUGCUUCACGAUGUCAGCUGAACUGUGAUUAUGUUAUGCUAAUCAUAAUAAAGCAUACAAAUGGAGCGACGCCCUUCCUGAGAAGAGGCUGUUAAGUUUUACAAGAAAGGUUAACUGAUUACCGUAACCUCUGUCAAGUUCUGUGCAGAAGAUUUUGUCUGUGCAAGAUGAAUGUGUAUCUCCCUACUCUGAGACGUUGAAGGUGUACUGCUGCUUAUGACAAAUCCAACAGAAGAAGCUUUAUAAAAUGGCUCAAACCAGCUUGCUGCAGGGAAAGCAGUUUUACUGUAGGGAGUGGGUUUUCCACAAGCUUCAGCACUGCCUCCAGGAGAAAGCUAACUGCAGCAGUAGUGCUGCCAACAAACCAUCCCUUGUAGCGAAUUCUGGGAAUAAUACCGGUGUUGUCUCUGGGAAAGGAGCUGCCUGGGGUGUAUUGUUGGUAGGAGGGCCCGGUAGCGGGAAGACGGCCCUCUGUACUGAGUUACUGUGGCCAAGCUCACCUGCAAACCUGCAAAGAGGCUUACAUCGUCAGGCUCUAGCCUUCCAUUUCUGCCGGGCCCAAGACUCUGACACGCUGUGUGUUGGAGGGUUUAUUAGAGGUUUAGUUACACAAAUCUGCCGCAGUGGACUGAUCCAGGGAUAUGAGGACAAACUAAGAGAUCCUGCUAUUCAAAGUCUCUUGCAACCCGGGGAAUGUGAGAGGAACCCUGCUGAAGCAUUUAAAAGGUGCAUUCUGCUCCCUCUCUUGGGAAUGAAGCCCCCUCAGCAGAGCCUCUUCCUGCUCGUAGAUUCGGUUGACGAGGGCUGUAAUGUUUCCGAGGGUGAACAGACUUCUACAAGUUUAUCUGGAACAAUAGCGGAGCUUUUAGCUGGCCACUUUGAAUUCUUCCCUCCCUGGCUGCUGCUCCUGUGUUCUGCCCGCAAGCAGAGUAAAGCUGUUACAAAAAUGUUUACAGGUUUUCGAAAAAUAAGUCUGGAUGAUCUGCGAAAAGCUUAUAUUGUGAAAGAUGUGCAACAAUAUAUUCUGCAUCGUUUAGAUCAGGAAGAAGCACUGAGACAACAUCUCACAAAAGAAACUGCAGAAAUGCUGAAUCAGCUUCACAUCAAAAGCAGCGGUUGCUUUUUGUAUCUGGAACGUGUCCUAGAUGGAGUUGUGGAGAAUUUUAUUAUGUUACGAGAGAUCCGUGAUAUUCCAGGAACAUUAAAUGGCCUGUACCUUUGGCUCUGUCAGAGACUUUUUGUGAGAAAACAAUUUGCAAAAGUCCAGCCUAUUCUUAAUGUAAUUCUUGCAGCCUGUAGGCCGUUAACCACAACGGAAUUGUAUCAUGCAGUGUGGACCAAAAAUAUGACAUUGACGAUGGAAGACUUUCAACGCAAAUUGGAUGUCCUGUCAAAAGUCCUUAUUGAUGGACUUGGAAAUACGAAAAUCUUGUUUCACUACAGUUUUGCAGAGUGGUUGCUAGAUGUGAAGCACUGUACGCAGAAAUACUUGUGCAAUGCAGCAGAGGGACACAGAAUGCUGGCAAUGAGUUACACUUGCCGAGCAAAGGAUUUAACACCAUUAGAAGCUCAAGAGUUUGCAUUGCAUCUAAUUAAUUCAAAUUUACAGUUAGAAACGUCAGAGCUGGCUUUAUGGAUGAUAUGGAAUGGCACACCUGUCAAAGACUCCCUGUCGACCUUAAUUCCUAAAGAACAAGAAGUAUUACAGCUGCUGGUAAAAGCUGGUGCUCACGUCAACAGUGAAGAUGACCGCACAUCUUGCAUUGUUCGCCAGGCUCUGGAGAGAGAAGAUUCCAUUCGCACCUUGUUAGACAACGGAGCAUCAGUAAACCAGUGCGAUUCCAACGGGAGAACGCUCUUGGCCAACGCAGCGUACAGCGGCAAUCUCGAUGUCGUUAACUUACUGGUUUCAAGGGGAGCAGAUUUAGAGAUAGAAGAUACUCACGGGCAAACAGCACUUACCUUAGCUGCUCGGCAGGGCCAUACCAAGGUAGUCAAUUGCUUGAUUGGAUGUGGGGCUAACGUUAAUCACACUGAUCAUGAUGGCUGGACGGCAUUGCGAUCUGCAGCGUGGGGUGGGCACACAGAGGUGGUUUCUGCACUCCUUUACGCUGGAGUCAAAGUGGACUGUGCAGAUGCUGAUAGUCGAACGGCGCUGAGGGCAGCAGCUUGGGGAGGACAUGAAGAUAUUGUGCUGAAUCUGCUUCAACAUGGUGCUGAAGUUAAUAAAGCCGAUAAUGAAGGCAGAACAGCUUUGAUCGCAGCCGCGUACAUGGGGCAUAAAGAGAUCGUGGAGCACCUGCUGGAUCAUGGUGCAGAGGUAAACCAUGAGGAUGUGGAUGGAAGGACUGCGCUGUCUGUCGCUGCGCUUUGCGUACCAGCCAGUAAGGGACAUGCCUCAGUGGUUAGUCUUCUGAUUGACCGUGGGGCUGAAGUUGACCAUUGUGAUAAAGACGGCAUGACUCCGCUGCUGGUAGCUGCUUAUGAAGGACACGUAGAUGUUGUCGAUCUACUUCUAGAAGGAGGAGCUGAUGUCGAUCACACAGACAACAAUGGUCGCACACCACUUCUGGCAGCAGCCUCCAUGGGUCACGCUUCAGUUGUAAAUACUCUCUUAUUUUGGGGUGCAGCUGUUGAUAGCAUCGAUAGUGAAGGGAGAACAGUUCUAAGCAUAGCCUCUGCACAAGGCAAUGUUGAAGUAGUACGGACUCUGCUGGACAGGGGGCUAGAUGAAAAUCAUAGAGAUGAUGCGGGCUGGACACCUUUGCAUAUGGCAGCUUUUGAAGGUCACAGGUUGAUAUGUGAAGCUCUUAUAGAACAAGGUGCUAGAACAAAUGAAAUUGAUAACGAUGGACGUAUACCUUUCAUAUUAGCCGCACAAGAAGGUCACUACGAUUGUGUGCAGAUAUUACUGGAAAAUAAAUCCAACAUUGAUCAGAGAGGCUAUGAUGGGAGAAACGCCCUCCGGGUUGCUGCUUUAGAAGGUCACAGAGAUAUAGUUGAACUACUGCUCAGCCACGGAGCAGAUGUAAACUACAAAGAUGCUGAUGGCCGGCCAACACUUUAUAUCUUAGCAUUAGAAAACCAGCUUACGAUGGCUGAGUAUUUUUUAGAAAAUGGUGCAAAUGUAGAAGCAAGUGAUGCUGAAGGAAGAACAGCGCUCCAUGUUUCCUGCUGGCAGGGCCAUUUGGAGAUGGUACAGGUGCUGAUAACAUACCAUGCUGAUGUGAAUGCUGCAGAUAACGAGAAGAGAUCUGCUUUGCAGUCUGCUGCAUGGCAAGGUCACAUGAAGGUAGUGCAGCUUCUCAUUGAGCAUGGAGCUCUGGUUGACCAUACAUGUAAUCAAGGUGCUACUGGACUCUGCAUUGCAGCCCAAGAAGGGCACAUUGAUGUUGUCCAAAUAUUACUGGAGCACGGUGCUGAUCCAAAUCAUGCCGACCAGUUCGGGCGCACUGCUAUGCGUGUUGCAGCUAAAAAUGGACACUCUCAGAUUAUUAAAUUACUGGAAAAAUAUGGUGCAUCUACUCUGAACGGUUGCACUCCAUCUCCAGUCCACACAAUGGAGCAAAAACCCUUACAGUCAGUCUCCUCUAAAAUGCAGUCACUAACAAUGAAGUCAAAUAGUUCAGGCAGUACUGGUGGAGAUAUGCAGCCUAGUAUGCGUGGCUUAUCUAAUGGGCCUGCUCAUGCCUUCAGUUCUCCUUCAGAGUCGCCUGAUUCUACAGUUGACCGUCAGAAGUCAUCUUUAUCAAAUAAUUCCCUGAAAAGUUCCAAAAAUUCUUCUCUGCGCACCACAUCGUCGACUGCGACUGCUCAGACAGUGCCCAUUGAUAGUUUCCACAGCCUGUCAUUCACAGAGCAAAUACAGCAGCAUUCCCUGCCACGCAGCAGAAGUAGGCAGUCUAUUGUUUCUCCUUCUUCCACAACUCAUUCCCUAAGUCAAAAUCAUAAUUCACCAAGUAGUGAAUUUGAAUGGAGCCAAGUAAAACCUAGUUUGAAAUCAACUAAAGCUAACAAAGGGGGGAAAACGGACAACUCCAGCAAAUCUGGGUCAGCUGGAAAAAAAAUAAAGCAAAGUAGUUCCUCCCAACCCAAAGUGUUAGAGUAUGAAAUGACUCAGUUUGACAAACGAGUACCUAUUGCCAAAUCUGGGACCAGUGUGCCACUUAAAUCAAUGCCGGCAGAGCCGCAGUGCAAAAUUUUGGUCCCACCAGCUCAGCAAGAAGUUGGUCGAUCGCAGCAACAGUUCCUAAUUCACCAACAGAGUGGAGAACAGAAGAAGAGAAAUGGAAUUAUGACGAAUCCAAAUUACCACCUUCAGAGCAAUCAGGUUUUUCUCGGUAGGGUUUCUGUCCCACGAACGGUGCAGGAUAGAGGCCAUCAGGAAGUACUGGAAGGCUAUCCUCCCGCAGAGACAGAACUCAGCCUUAAGCAAGCCUUAAAACUUCAGAUUGAAGGUAGCGACCCAAGUUUCAACUACAAGAAGGAAACACCAUUGUAAAAGGCCAAUUCCAUGAUGCUAUGAACAGAAGCGCUUCUGCUCCGAAUGAUUUAUCAGCUGGCUGGGAUGAAAGCAUACAAUGCUUGUUUAGUCCACCUAGAAAUUCAAGAAUGUGAUUACUACAGUACAGUUACCUUAAUUACUGUAAUGUGCCUACAUUUUCAGGCUGCCUUCUCAGUAUAACCCUCUGUGCUUCAAAAAUUUAUUUUGUGUACUUUGUAUUUAAUACACAGAAUGAGCACUUUUUUUAAUUGCAGAAAGAUAUAUGCUGUAUUUCCCUGACAACAGCUGAAAAUGGUAAGAACAAGGAAUUCUGAUUUCCUAUUCCAGAACGCUUGGUAGAGGUGCAUGUGCCACAGUGAACUGUGUAUGGAAAGGCAGUGCUUUUUGUAUUUAUUUUCUUGUGGCUAAAGAAAAUAAGCAAACAAGUUUGUCACAUUUGCAUUGUUGUAAUGUAUGGUCAGUUCCCUGUGUACUUCAAAAAGUUCUCUCCAGAAAUACAAGUCUUGUAACAGUAUUUUAUAAAUACUGUACUUGUGUGUUCUGUCUGUGUAAUAGCUGUUCAGUGGUAGCAAAAGCGUCGGACUGCAACCAUCUGCAGUAUCUUUGGGAUUUUUUAAGAGGCAAAAUCCACUGUCUGGUACUACAGCACCAAAUCUGGAUGGCAGACUGUGACCACUGAAAGCAAUAGGCAAAUUUGCUCUUGGACACUUGAUCUUAAAUAGCCUCUGUAAUUGUUAUGGUAAUGAGGUAACUGAAUAUGGGUAUGUUUUAGGUGCUAAAGUAAAAGGUCUGAUCCUGCUUUCAUGUAUAACUUUAUACGUUAGAAACAGCUCUUUCUUUUUUCCAAGGUAAAGGACCGUAUUGAGAAUGUCUAAUGGAAAAUACAGACGCUAUGUUAAUGAGGCUGAGAGAAUAUGCAGUGAGAGUACAGUGGAAGAGCAAACGGUUAGUAAUACCGUUGUCUGCUGAGUACAGAGAUUACUGAGUUAGCCCUGUCCUGAGACAAUAACUCUUUAAAGCACAAAAUUGUAUGAAUGUGGUUACUGCUUCAGAUGGAUUAGGUGGAGCCAGCGUGAGUAUCUCUGUACCUGGAGCGUGGUUAAUCGGCAGUCUGGAUAGUCCAUUUACGGAUAAUGGAAAGCUGGUUCCCCAUUCUUACAGCAGAAGAAUUUUGCUUAGAUGAAUAAGAGCAAAAUCAAGGCCAUUGUUGUGAAAGUGAACAGUAUGAAUUUUUCCUUUGAAUGUGCACAUCUUACUUGCACAGCUCUGUGAGUGAUAAAAUGAAACAAGUGGGUUAUUUUCUCCUACAAAUGCAAGCUAUAUUCUGCUAUUCACCGUUACACAGCCUUGCUCUUUAGAAAAUAAGCCUAUUUUUGUAUGUGAGUAUUUCUUCUAAAGGCUUGGGUUUCAUCUUUUUCAUACUCAAAUUCUGAUCAUUCCACAAAUAAGGUGAUAGAAAGCUGAGGUUAUUUUUCAUAGGGGAUUAAUUAGAUGUAUGGCUAUCCUUAAACUUCGAUAAAUGGCCCCUGGAUGUAUAUGUAGUGCAUAUUCUGAGGCACUAAAGGGCUCUGUGUCUUGUUGUUAUGAUUAACAGUCAUCAGAACUUUUUUUUUUAAUAUCUUGCACCUCCAUUCUUAUUUGCUUGUUACUAAAUGUAAAAAGAAUGUUUUAUAGUCAGGCAUUCAGCAUAUAGUAAAAUUAGAUGUUAAAAGUUGACACACGGCAAUAUGGAUUAUUCUGAAUGUUUCAUGUAUUGAAUUUCUUGUCCCCGUGGGACAAUUAUAAAAUAAACAUAACAGGAGUCUGGCAGAAUGGCCUUAAGAGGGUUAGUGGCUCAGUAAAGAGAAAGUACCAAAACGUUCUCAGCAAACUUGUUCCGAACCUCAAGUAUAGUACAUUUGCAAUACUGUGCAAGAAUACAACUUUUCUUAGUUAUUAGAUGUAUGUUUUGUUCUGUAGAAAGGGAUCCCUGAAUGCCGACGUUUUUCUACUGACCUUGACUAUCAUUGGGGUUAUAUUUAUUUAAUUUUAUUGUGUUGUUAUUAAUUGCACCUUGUGGACAGAGGACGUAAAAGUAUGGCCAGUUUCACAAGGGGCCACAACUUAUAGAUAGCCUGAUGGUUUUUGUGUGAAGAAUAUUUACAUUUGAAACAGUUGCUGGGGAAACCUUAUAUCCAAAUCAGCAGAAAGUAGACCUGUUGAAAAUGUUUUCAGAAUGACAUUUCUUACAGAUUUUGAAUAUCACUUUGGAACAGAGCAUGAAUUGCUUUAAAACAUCUACUUUCUCAGAAGGUCUGUGUAAUUCCACAUUGCUGUUGCGUGUGAUUUUUUUAAUGUCAUCAUUUGUGAGGGUUUUGCAUACAAAGAAAAGUUGCUGUUCUCCCUGUUGUUGGCUCUGUUCUGCUCUGCUUUUUCAUAUCUGUACAAUCAAGUGGAGGUGAAUGGAGUUGCAUAGCUGUGACUCAGCACGGUUUCUUCUGGCAGUGUAACAGUUCUCAUAACCUAAAAAACCUGAAUAAAACAUGAAUCCUGUUUCUCUUCAUCCCAUUUCACUGGUCCUUCCAAGGUUAUCUCCACAAGACGUCUAAAAUUCUCAAUGGGAGAGCUAGGGAAAAAGACUGUUUCGCCGACACGGAUAUCAAUACUGUAUGCAUGUGGAAAAACCCUUCAGAAGAGAAAUGCAUUAAGAGAUACAGAGGCACAAUUGAUGCAUUUUUGUCUUCUCUGUGAUCAGUAUUGAAAACAUUACCAUUUAUUUAAAAAUAAAAAGGUAUUUUCCCUCAUCAGUUACUCUGCUAUGCAAAUGUCUGUUAUGCUUAAUACUCCCCAUCUGAACUCCUCGGUUAACUUGGUUUGCAGAUAGACUGUUUUUCCUGGAGUGGGUUGUAAAUAGCCUUUAAUGUACAUUGAAUGAAUUUCACAUUGUAAAAUUUUUAUUUUAUUCCUUGUAUUAUAUUAAGCGAAAAUCCCUGUGUAUAUGAAAGUGCAUAAUAAAUAUAUUUGCUUUUCAGCAGACAUUUAACUGUUUUAAUUUUACUACCUCGUUUCCUGGGACAUCUCAGGAAAAGGUUAUUAAACUUGAUUAACUUUUGUGCAGCACUUAAUGAAACACCAUGGAUGUGUCCAGUAAGGAGUCUAGGCUAGCAAAACUCAGACCCCGAUGUUAAUGCCUGUCACCCUGCUUAGCACUCAGCUGGCCUUUUUCAGAUUAAUCUGAGUCAACCUUAGCAUUUGCAGGAGAAAAUUCGCUGCAUGUUGUCUUGUUUAAAAUGACCAUUAUAUACCAUAUAUACCAGGAGGGCCAAUGAAUUCGGUAUUUCAGUUGCCAUAAGUUCUUUAUCACUUCAAAUGGUAUUUGUCAGUUAUCUCUUUGAUCAGUGUUUGUCUGUAGUAUUUUCAGUUUAAGCAGAAGCUUGCUUACUAAUGGUGGCUACUCAUUUUUCUUGAACUUGUUAUUAAAAAAAGUAGGGGAGAGAAGUUUUCCAGUCAUUGCAAUAGUCCCAUUUGCCCCUGUGAUCUUGUCUCACUUCUGCUUUAGAUUAUAUACCCAUCGUGAUUUCUCUGCAGAGAGUUGUUGAGCGUGAAGGAAGAGUGUGGCUGUGCUUUCUGCAAAUGAUGGUUCAGGUUUACCUCCGUGUAUUCUGGUUCACACUGCUUCCAGCUGUUGGUGCUCACGGGUCGACUGAUUUCUAAGGUUAGGAGAAUGACAGGUAAAAUUGUCGGUAACUGUUGACUUGUUUUCUGUGUAUUUCUGUGGUUUCUCACAAUAAUUAUUGACCCUCUUUUGUUAAGUUCUUUAUGUCUGAAAUAACAAAGUAUGAGAUGCAUUAGUUCAGUGGCUAUUUUUCAUUGAAGCAAAGAAUCAUUCUCACUGAAUUAAUCUUUGAGUAAGUUAUAUUACGUUCCAGAGACACCCAUUUUCCUCAGAUAAUCACUGUAACAAUAUUUAAAUAAAAUUAUUCAACACCUGUU